AUGGCUUCCGGUCCCACCGUGCUGAUGCGGUUGGUAGCCUCCGCAUAUUCCAUAGCUCAGAAGGCAGGAACCAUCGUCAGACGUGUGAUCGCCGAAGGGGACCUGGGAAUCGUGGAGAAGACCAGUCCAACGGACCUGCAGACCAAAGCCGACCGAAUGGCACAGAUGAGCAUCUGUUCCUCCCUGGCCCGGAAAUUCCCCAAACUCACAAUCAUAGGGGAAGAGGACCUGCCGUCCGAGGACGUGGAUCAGGAGCUGAUCGAGGACGGCCAGUGGGAAGAAAUCCUCAGGAAGCCCUGCCCGGCCCAGUACAGCGCCAUUAAAGAGGAAGAUCUCGUGGUCUGGGUCGAUCCUCUGGAUGGCACCAAAGAGUACACGGAAGGUCUUCUUGACAAUGUAACCGUUCUUAUUGGAAUUGCUUAUGAAGGGAAAGCCAUAGCAGGAGUUAUUAACCAGCCGUAUUACAACUACCAGGCAGGGCCGGGUGCUGCGCUGGGGAGGACAAUCUGGGGAGUUCUGGGCUUGGGUGCCUUCGGGUUCCAGUUGAAGGAAGUGCCCGCCGGGAAGCACAUCAUCACCACCACCCGGUCCCACAGCAACAAGCUGGUCACCGACUGCGUCACUGCCAUGAACCCCGAUGACGUGCUGCGUGUGGGCGGGGCGGGAAAUAAGAUCAUUCAGCUGAUUGAAGGCAAAGCCUCUGCCUAUGUGUUUGCAAGUCCUGGCUGUAAGAAGUGGGACACUUGUGCUCCGGAAGUUAUUCUACACGCCGUGGGAGGCAAGUUAACCGAUGUCCAUGGCAAUGCCCUUCAGUACGACAAGGAAGUGAAGCACAUGAACUCCGCUGGGGUCCUGGCCUCGCUGAGGAACCAUGACUACUAUGCCAGCCGAGUUCCCGAAUCGGUUAAAAACGCACUCGUUCCUUAA